GGGUCCAGCAGGGAGAGGAGCUCCUGGCCAGCACUGGCUGCCACUCGCCCCUUUGCAAAACCCCCAGCCGGAAUUGCCUACCUUUGGAGAAGCCUUCCUUCCCUCCUUCCUCCGCUCCGCAGACACCCAUCCCGGCUCGCUGCGUCUCCGCUCUGCCAGGCAGCUCGUGCCAGCACAUUCUAAGGGCAAAAAAGAGGCCAAGCCGCGGCUUCGGCGCGCUCCACGUGCGUCAUCUCUGCGGGCCGGAGAGUCCGGAAGGCGGAGAUCGGGCGCCGCCAUUGCAGGCGGGGAGAAGCUGCGCGGCGCUCCUCUCGGGCUCCUCCGGCCUGAGCCAUGCCGGCAGGGAAGUCUUUCCGGCGGAGGAAGGCGGAUUCCGAUGAGGAGGAGGAGGAAGAGCAGGUCGCCGAGGUGGUCCGACUGAGACUUGAGGAAGCAAAAGAAGUUCAGAGUCUACGGAGAAGGCCAAAUGGAGUGAGUGCUCAAGCCCUGCUUGUGGGGGAGAAGUUGCAAGAAGAGACAACUUUGACGGAUGACCCCUUUAAGAUAAAGACUGGUGGAAUAGUGGACAUGAAGAAGCUGAAGGAACGAGGCAAGGACAGAAUCAGUGAAGAAGAAGACCUCAACCUUGGGACCUCUUUCUCCGCAGAGACCAACAGGAGAGAUGAAGAUGCUGAUAUGAUGAAGUACAUUGAAACGGAGCUGAAGAAGAGGAAAGGGAUUGUGGAAAACGAGGAACAGAAAGUGAAGCAGAAGAACGCAGAGGACUGUCUCUAUGAGUUGCCGGAGAGCAUCCGUGUCUCUUCGGCCAAGAAGACUGAAGAGAUGCUGUCCAAUCAGAUGCUGAGUGGCAUUCCCGAAGUCGAUCUUGGGAUUGAAGCAAAAAUCAAAAACAUUAUUUCCACCGAGGACGCCAAAGCACGCCUGUUGGCCGAACAGCAGAACAAAAAGAAAGACAGCGAAACCUCCUUUGUUCCUACGAACAUGGCUGUGAAUUACGUCCAGCACAACAGAUUUUAUCACGAAGAGCUGAACGCACCCAUCAGAAGAAACAAAGAGGAACCUAAAGCCCGUCCGCUGAGAGUGGGGGACACGGAGAAGCCCGAACCAGAGCGGUCCCCUCCAAAUCGCAAACGUCCGCCAAAUGAGAAAGCAACAGAUGACUACCAUUAUGAGAAAUUCAAGAAGAUGAACAGGCGCUAUUGAAAAUUCUGUGUUUGGAUGACAGACCUGUCUGUAUGUGUCUUUUUUCUUUCCUUGGCCGGAGAAGCAUCUGUAAAUAGACUUCAUAAGAGAGCACAUAUCCACUUUUCCGGUGGCUGUUGAUUUUACCCAAAGUGUCUUCCACGGACUUACAUGUACAGUGACUCCUGACUCUCUUUGCUGUGGGGUAAUGUGUACUGUGGCUUAUUUUCAUUGAUAAAACUUUCUGUUUAAAAAGCAAA